AUGCCAUUUCUUCAGAAUGGAUCUGACUCGCCCACCGUCUCUGAAAAGACCGUUGCAGCCUUCGAGCAACUUGUGGAGGACCUUAGUGCCGCUCUCGGGCCCAGCUCUGGCCUUGACUCUGAUGAUGUUGACCAUAUGAACAUCCAGUUGUUAAUGGAUAAAUAUGUCUCGCGUGAGGCGGAAUGGGGGCAAUAUGCUUUAGGAGAUCCCAGCAGGGGCUAUACGAGAAAUUUGAUUGAUGAGGGUAAUGGCAAGAGCAACUUGCUGAUUCUCGUCUGGAGCCCCGGGAAGAGUAGUGCAAUUCACGACCAUGCCAAUGCGCACUGUGUGAUGAAGAUUCUCAAGGGGAAGCUCAAGGAGACACUCUAUUCCUGGCCAAAUAAGCAGAAGAUUGAUCAAGGCCAGACUUCUCCGCCACAAGUCACUCGAGAGACCGUCUAUGGUGAAAACCAGGUAACCUACAUGUCCGAUAAGCUUGGUCUUCACAGAAUCUCCAACCCGGACCCAGACAACUUCGCCGUUUCACUGCAUUUGUUACUUGAUAUUGAUUUAUAUACAGUAUACACGCCCCCUAACGCUGCGAACUAUGGCUUCUCCCUCUUUGAUGAGAGAACCGGCAAGUCAAGCCACAUAAAGCAAACGAAUUUCUAUUCCGUUCGUGGCAAACGUUUUGACGAUGGACAGGAGUAG